GGAAUAGUGGCGAGCAGUUGCGACGGAACCGUCAGGCAGGGAGGUUGUGCGUCGCUUCACCUCUGGGUGCGUUCAUCCUCCCUCACUCACUCCCUACCGUGCCAGGAUCAUUAUGUAUCGAUUCACGUUCUAAUUUAGCCACUUGGAAGAAAAGAAAUGUAGGCGAGACAAAUCAUUACGAACAAGGAAGCCCUGACGGCCUCAACUAUCACUGCCGACGCCGCCUCCACUACAAGCAAAGCGGGUCGACUCUGUUAAUGAAAGAGGAAUCUUGUUUACACACGGCCCACCCGCUGCCGCCCCGGGAAGCGACGCCGCACACCUUCCACAGACAGGUGCCCUUCAACGUUUCUCUCUCGUCAAGAAAAGCGCGGGAGUGAGUGAGUGAGUGAGUGAAUGGGUGUUCGGGAUCAAUGAACGCACGCUUGUGACAUUAAACAUUCUUUUUUUUUUUUCUUCUUGUUCACAACCAACCAGUGUUUGUGACAGAAUAUUGGCCUUCUUCUGCAAGGCUACGGGCUUUGCAAUCCACCUUGCAAAGGCCUCAUAAAACGACGGAUCGUCUGAGUGAUUAAAGAAGGACACUUACAUCUGUGACACCUGUGGGAACACUGCUUCACACGGAAUACCUGUUUGUUGGAGUGGGUGGGAUGCUGUAACUCCCUCUCCUUCCCUCUUCAGUCCUCGUCCCUCUAUAUCCACCCUUUCCUCCCUCGCCGCCUCGUUCUUCCUAGGUGUGUGGCGCAACAUGCACGGCCAGUGUGCAUGGCCACGGAUGGUAAUCGUGACAGGGCGUGACGUCAUCUCACGUGCCACAAAUCCAUAAUGGAUGACGGCCGCAGCAGACUAGCAUGGAGAGGGUGUUCAUCACAAGCCUGCUGGCAGUCUGGGCAGCGGAUGGAGCCACGCAGUCAGACAGCGGUUCCUGUCCCCGUCCUGAGGACAACCCGUGGUGCUCGUGUUACGACUUCAAUGACGGCGUCUUCCUGGAGUGCUCUGUGGUGCCCCUAUCGCGGGUGGCCACAGUUCUUGUCCAGCUCCGCCACCCUGUCAAAUCUCUUAACAUCUACGACCUGGAAGCCAACUUGACCUCUCUGCCCCCGGCACUUUUUGUCAACAGUGCCGGAGUCUCCUGCCUCAAAAUUUCUCACUCAAGUCUGCGAGACGUGUCAGAGAGUAGUUUUCGGGGCCUGCAGACCUCACUACAUUCUCUCAGCAUCAUUCAUAGUCACCUCACCGCCAUCCCCCAAGCUGCUCUUCAAAGACUGCCCCGUCUGAAAACACUGGACGUGGAAGCCAACAAUAUAACUGAACUGCAAAGUUUCAGCUUCGUCAAUAUCAAACUAGUGAACCUCAAUAUGAAGGGAAAUGGGUUAAAGUUAAUUUCUGAGUACGCUUUUGACGGGCUGGAAGAAAGCCUUGAAGAGCUAAACCUAAUGAACAACAAGCUGAAGCAGUUGCCCAUUCCAGCGUUACGAAGGCUCAGCAAACUUCGGACUCUGAAGUCCGCCAGUAACCACAUCUCCGAUGUGAUCAGCGACGGGUACUCCCGGCUUCCAGCUUUGCAGGUGUUAGAUUUGAGCAGCAACCGCUUCACGAAGCUCACAAGCACUAGCUUGUCUACCAUGCCUGCCCUGCUAUCUCUCUCUCUAUGCAAGAAUCAUAUCUCCCAAGUGGCCGGUGAUAGCUUUAUUCAGAAUUCUGUAUUGCAGAGGCUGUGUCUCAGCCACAAUAAUAUUAUGAUUCUCGAACCAGAGACCUUUUCUUACACACAAGCCCUACAGGUAGUAGACCUCAGUCACAACCACCUCCAUACCAUCAGCAAGGGUUUGUUUAGUAACCUGCCUGAGCUAAGGGAGGUUUUCCUUUCCUUCAACAACAUUCUCAAGCUCCAAAAUAAUACUUUUGCCAAUUCUACCCAGAUUUCCUUUCUUUAUCUCCACAACAACGAGAUUCACUCCAUUGAGAGCGGUGCAUUUGCCAACUUGGAAGUACUUUUUGACUUACAGAUCAGCCACAACAACCUACCAGAGAUUCCUGCCGGUUUAUUUUUCAGCAAUCGCGGCCUGAACACUCUCAGCCUAGAUAACAAUAAGAUAAUAUCUUUGACUGGAGGGACGUUCAGCCAUCUGUCCGAGCUGAGAGAGUUGCGACUUCAAAACAAUAAGUUGUCCAGGGUGGAGAAAAACACUUUUUCACCUCUUCCUCAUCUCCAUGAACUGCACCUUCAAGAUAAUUUGAUCCAGUAUGUUGCGAAGGAAGCUUUUUCUUCGUUGACGGAGUUACAACAUCUCAAUCUCAAGAACAAUAAGCUGUCACAAGUAACAGAUUCUCUCACCCGUUAUCCUGCAAACCUCAUAACUCUCCAGUAUUCAAAAAAUCAAAUUAGCGCGAUAUCUACUGAUGCUUUAAAAGGACAAAACAGACUGAAGAUUCUGUGGCUGAAUGACAAUAAUUUAACAAGUAUGCAGGAGGUGCUGGUACACGACCUUUCCUUUCUACAAGAAUUGUAUCUCCAAAACAAUAAUCUUGGUUACAUCCAGGAUAAGUGUUUCCACAACAUGAGGAAACUCAAGCUUCUCAAGUUAUCCAACAAUAACCUGCAGCACAUCAGCUCCUUGCUUUUCGAUGGUCUCACUUCUCUGGAAGUGCUACAUCUUGACUACAAUGGCAUCAGAGAAAUCGAGCCGAGAAUAUUUCAACGACUAGUCAGCCUGCGCCAUCUCGACCUUUCCAACAAUGAGAUUUUGCAUGUUCGACGAUUCAUGUUUGAAGGUGAAAUUCCUCUAAAGGUUCUGCUACUACGCAACUCUGGCAUUACUGACGUAGAUCCCUAUUCUUUCUCCAGCCUGAGUCAGCUGGAGGAGCUGGAUUUGUCUCAGAACUCUUUAGCUCACCUCAAUAGACUUUCGCUCAGCAUACCUUCCAUCAGGGUACUUAAUCUUGGUGACAAUAAUUUCCAGAUCAUUGAGGAAAAUUCCCUCUAUGGUAUUUCCAAUUUGAAUUGGUUGGACAUGAGUGGAUGUGGACUGUUCCGUCUCCCGCCACAUCUCCUUUUCGAGGCUCUCCACCUACAGCACCUAAACUUGGCCAGGAAUAAUUUUACUGAUCUGACGUCUGUCUUUUUUCGUAAGCUGCACAAUUUAAGAGAGGUCAAUAUAUCAUAUAACAACUUUUCACAUAAUGUCCUAAACUCUGUCGAAGGUCUGACAAAAUUGGAAGUACUUAUUCUGAACCAUAAUCCCAUAGAGGAGUUGCGGCAUCCCCUCAACGACUUGCCAAGCCUUCGCGAGCUGCACCUGUCUGCAACUAACCUAUGGAGAUUGGAUCGACACAUCCUCAUAAGACUGAAAAACUUGCAUACUCUUGACCUGUCCUAUAACCAGCUGUCUGACAUUCCACGGGGCAUGCUUGCAGCCACAAGCGUAAGUCGCCUCAGUUUGGCAGAAAAUCUCUUCCCACAAAUACCAAACACCAUCUUCCAGGAGGGUGCCCCUAAUCUUCGCUCCCUCAAUAUGUCAGGUAAUCCCAUGAGGCGGAUUACGGAUCCUCUUGUGGCUAUUGGUCCUCCUCUUCCACUGCUUGAGGAUCUAGAAGCAAUCAGAACAAACUUGACGACUUUAACAACAUAUGAUCUCCAGCAGAUGCCCAGUCUCCGUUACCUCAACCUCUCCCGUGCCUCCAUCAGCAGGAUCUCUCCAACUAGCCUGAGGAACCUUACUCAUCUCACUCAUCUCAAUCUCGCCUACAACCGUCUCCAGAUCUUGCCAAAGGAAAGGCUACGCGGUCUGCGAUCUCUCACCUUCCUUAACUUGACGGGAAACAUCCUCAAGAAGCUGGAGCCUCUUCCUUCUGCUUCCCACUCCCUGAAGGUGCUCGACGCCUCUGGGAACAAAUUAACAGGGUUGGCUCAGUCGUCCUUCAAGCAUAGCGAGUGUCUGGAGGUGCUGCUGUUAGGUGCCAAUUGGAUCACCACCAUCCAUCCACGUACCUUCCUGCCCCUCACCACUCUCCGCCGUCUUGAUCUUUCUCACAACUAUCUAGAAGAGUUGUCUGUUUCACCUCUGGAGCCCCUUGAGCGAAGCUUGGAAUGGCUUCGUUUAGAUGGCAAUCCAUGGAGGUGUGAAUGUCGCUUGGGACAGCUAUGGACGUGGCUCCAGGAUCAUUUGUCGAUGGUGCCAGAUCUUCGCACCCUCAAAUGUCACUUGCCUGAGGCAAUCUCUGGCCAGCCCUUCCUGAUGCUGUCGUCAGGCAUGUUGUGUCCGCAGCCCCUCAUUCUCCAGCUGGACGCACAAGGCAUCCAGAGUCAGUCGUUGGUACUCAAGUGGCAUGCCUCCAAUCAGUCCUCCAUCCAAGGCUACAAGGUAUCGUUCCGCGAGACGAAUGAAGACGGGAGAGUAGUAGGAGGCCUGAAGACCCGCUCCCUCACAUCCUCACCCAACAACUACCGACUGACAGGGCUGCGACCACGCACUAGUUACUUGGUGUGUGUGCACGGUCUCACCACCUCUACCAACCCUACUAGCUUUCAUCAUCACCACACCACCCAAUAUGCCCCCGACCUGAGUAGUAAAUGUGUGCAGGUGAAAACCGAUGAACCAAUCCCUGCAAAGAUUGAACUCAGCAACCGUCUCGCAAUCAUGAUUGGAGUAUCGUUAGGAAUCGCAAUUUUCUUCAUUGCAGGCACCAUCAUUUGCUGCCGUCAAAUGUGUAAGGAUAGGAGGGAAGCGGCCAAGGCUAAGUUGGAAUCCAACGCUGGCGGCCAGAACUACCACUCCUACAGGCAGUUCUCCGUCCAAGACAACAAUGACGCUGCCGAUGAUUCCGCUCCCAAAGAGGGACAGACAGAGUGCUAGAGACGGGCGGUAACGUGAGAUAUAUUGUAGCCACAGAAGACGGUUCCAGGUCUCGUAAAGACAUGCAACUGGCGCAUUGUAAAUUCGUGCCGCAGGGAGAGGAGUUGACACAAAUUCUACUUUCUCCUUUUAUCAGAAAGUCUUUACAGCAGUCAAUCAGUUGUUUGGAGGUGUAAGGUACUCUGAGAAAAUGAGAGCAAGUGAGCGGUCUCGAAUUCCAUAUUUCGCCUUUUUCAGUAUGCACCAGUGUGAGGGCAUAUCUGUGUGGCAAAGGCAAAAGGUACUGCUGGGAAGGACAGAUAUCCCGCUGCAAUUUCCCCGCUGCCCUGCCACUCACUAGCCUAUUGAAUGCCAUUAUGUCCCGUGAAUCGUAACAUUGCCGUAUUGGAGUGUUGGAAAAGUAUUAAGAAGCAAUAGUUUAUCAUGUUAUGUGAAUAAAAGAUUUAUUAGAAAAA